GCUCCAAGGCACCUGGGGGCAGGUGCAUGCCAGCCACCUCUCUCCCUCUCCAAAGGCGCACGGUUCGGGGGGCUCGGGCGCCUCGUCCGGGAGGGUCUCCAUGGCCAGCCGCCGGGCCGUGCCCACCCCUUCGCUGUGGUCGGGCCACGAGCGGCUUCGCAUCGGGGAGCGUCUCCAAGCCAGCCUGGCUGGGCUGUGGGAACUGGAUCUCUUGCGCGAGAUGCAGAAAGCCAACGUGGAGAGUGCCUUGACUGGGUCGGAGCCCCGAUCGGAGGAGACCAAUGGCUUCAGAGUUGAAAAAUUGACCCAUCUCAACGGCCCGAAGCUGGAGCAGAACAAAGCAGGAUGUGGGGAGGAAAAUUGUGGCUUGUACGCCUCGUCGGAGAACAUGGAGUUGUGCGUUCACGCCGAGGAUGGUGCGGACAAGGAAGGUCUGGGGCUGAGGAUGAUGGGUGAGGAGUCCAAGAAAGUCAGCCUCAACGGAGGAGACACCGCGGAAGUGCUAGAAGCCGAUUCGAGACCCAGUUCAGGGUUUUACGAAACCAGCGAGAUGGGGUCCCUCUCGGAUUCCUGCGCCUCGGUGCACAGCGACGGAGCGGGGGCCUCGCGGUGUAGCAUCGGUUCCCUUUCUCACCUGCCCGGACUGCGCGAGAAUGGCUUCAUCCGGCCGCGAUCCACAGACGAGGCUACCGUCCGGUUCCUUGACCUCCAGCUUCAGCGCCUGACGUUCGCCAGCGUAGCCGGGACCGAGAACCGACGUCCGGUGUCCACUGGUGACCUCGAGUUCCUGUUGGGCCUUGGCUCCCUGCCCCUCCCGAGACCCCCGAAUUUCCAGCUUCUACGGUACAAGUCCGAUCUGGUCUCCCGAAAAACCAAUGAAGUGUACCAUUACCCCAGUCCUCUCCAUGCGGUAGCGUUACAGAGCCCUCUCUUCACCAACGGCCUCUCUCAAAGCUCGUCCCAGGAAGAUCUCGACGAGACGCCUCCCAAGGUUCCCAGAUCCGACUCUCCCAAGAGAGACCUUCUCUGCUCUGGGGAACUCCCGAAGAUCCGCUUGGAUCAAUACAUGGCGAAAUUGGUGCUACGGUACAGGUGUCGCACGGCGGCGAGUCGGACCGAAUCGGGAUACCUCGCGGGGAAUCAGAAAAGUUUAUCCAUGACAUCCAUCUGCAGUUCGGGGCCUGUGGCUGGUCAAAUCCUGGGUCCGAUUCCAGGAUGGAAGAUCCGACGGCGGAUCUCCACUUGUUCUCACUUGCGUUCUCCUGAAGGUUCAGAGGGAGCACGAGAUUCCCGGGUCCUGGAUGGGUUGUGGGACUUCCCGCCAUUUCCAGAGAUCAACUCAUUUCAAUCGAGUACCACCAACCUGGUUAAACCUAGCGAGUCAUCUGUUAUGUCCCUCCCGACACCGCGGGAUCCUUCGGUCAAACUCGUCCUGAACAAGCCAUCUGCCGCGCCGGAUAGAAAAAUUUGGGCAGCAGUGCCCCACCAACUGAUAAUCAAGACGGAGUCCUCUUUGAGGAAGGAGACAUCGUUGCCGCGGGACGUGACUGGCGUCGACAAGCUCUACAAAGGCAAACACGCUUCGCGGGAGUUGGUAAAAACUUCCGAGCGAGGCGAGAAGGCAGCCGAGAGAAGCUGGUUGAGUCCCCGCGAACUGCUCCGCAGAUUGAGUCUCCGGCGCAAACCAUCAUCCCGCGUGGUGGGCAGGGCCCGAGCCAGUUCAGAAAUGAACGUCCACGCGGCCGCGGGGCUGGUGUGUCCCAGCCAACUUCAACCCAACCGAGGGAAGGCCGUCAAGCUGAAAUGGACAUCGGUGCUGGAAAUUUCCAGCAAGUCCUCCGUUCGCCAUCGGGCGAAAGCAGGGACGUUCCUACCACCGGUCGUUUUGAACCGCAACCUUGCCUUUUCCUCCGACGCGCCGGCAACCUUCGGCUUCCCGGAAGACGGUCAUUUUGACCUGCCGCCUGGGCAACGGGGCGGACAUCCCGGCCACGGCUCCAGGUUGAGCAAGGUGGAAGCGACCAGCGCCGUCAGCCUGAACGGGGACUGGAUGUUCCACCAGCUCGGAGACCCAUGGCUGCACGGUUCUGCCACGUUGGAUUCAUCCAAUCUGCCUCCUCACAACUUUAAGCUUCGACGCAGCCGUUCCUUCAAAGAGCUGAAGAAGAUGGUGUCUCGCUCCUUCAAGAGUUCCCGAACUGCCAAAUACUAGAAAAAGAGAGAGAGAGAGGGGGAGAAAAAAACGAGACAUUUGUUUGGGACGUGCGUGAAAGAUAAAUUCAUGUCUGAAUGCGUUGG